AGGUUUAGUAAGCAUGCUAGGUUAGUCGCCAUGCCUGCAACAGCUAAAACGGAGUAUGUGAUUAGACUAUUCAAGGAGAACUGGGUCAGGGACUUUGGGCUUCCUAAGUCUAUUGUUAGUGACAGGGAUGUCAGAUUCACAAGUGAGUUGUUGAAGGCUGCAGCUGCAGAACAGGGUACACAGCUGCAGAUGACCUCCGGGAACCACCCAGAGGCAAAUGGCCAAGCAGAGCAACUGAACCGCGCUCAGAAGGAUUCUGCAGCCUUGUCAGCAGCUGUUCGCACUACCGCCACACAUCAGCAACAACAACAACAGCUGUGGAACACCACCACCGCACGCGUCAGCAGCAUUGAGGCUAAGGCCGCAGCAGCGCCAGGCUGCACGACAGACGAGACGAAGCAACUCAACGGGCACAUCGAUCACGUCGUCAAGCUCAUCGGCGACAUAGGUGUUUUCAAUGGGCCGGCCACGAUCAGUAGCACGGUGGCCGCCAUCAAGACGGACAUCACCAAGCUACAGACGAGACCGGACGCCGCGACGAAGAAUUACAAGAUGCCACACUUCGACAUCAGCAAGUUCGACGACCACAACAAGACGGACGCCUUGGCAUGGUGGCAACGUUUCCUUACGGAAGCAUCCUGCCGCACUGUCCCAGACGACUACAUGAUGAAGGCGCUAUACCUACAGCUGAUUGGAGGAGCGCAGGCAUGGAUGAACCACCUGGCGGCUACCCACACAUGCACCAUCGCCGAACUUCACACGCACAUCACGUGGAAGGAGUUCGAGCAGCUAUGGUUCACCCGGUUCAUGGUCCGCAGCGUCGUGAAUGCGGCCAUGAACGAGGUGUACACCUGCUCUCAAGGAARUAUGCCAACUCGAGACUGGACAACCAAGUGGCAGAAGAUAGUGACCACGCCAGGCUUCGAUUUGACUUUUCCAAAUCAACGAUCCGAGUUCUUCUCGCGAUCGUGCGCAGGAUUGCGGUCAGCACUCGGUAAUGAGUACGACUAUACCUCGUUCCAGGCUAUCAUGGAUCGCGCAAACCUGGUCAUCCAAACGGACGACAAGGCCGCUAACGAGAGACAAUCCCAACCGCAUUAUGUGGCUAAGCAGGGCUAUCAACGUCCGGCACAUAACAAUGCCGUAAUUUCUGAAGGAACAGACGAUCUCCACGCUGCAGCAGCAUCCUCGAGUGAUGGAGGAAUUGUAGCAGCGCUCCCGCCGAAGCGUCCCAAGAGAGUUCGGAAGAACAAGGCGACACAAGAGACGGCAUCGACGGGAACUGGGCAGCAGCCAUGGACGGCCUACAAGAUAACAAAGGAUGUCUAUGACCUUCGUCAAAAGUACGGAUACUGCCUUUGGUGCAACGGCGUCACUCAUUUGACCGCACAAUGCCCCGAAAAGGGCAAGGCACGCGUACCCCGUCCAGCAAACUCGGGAAACUGAGUUACGCAAGGAGAGGGGCGACGUCUCUCCUCACUCCGCCGCAACCGGUUGCC